GGGUUGAAGGAUAAGUUUGAGAGGUGCACUCGCUCACCACGUUCAGCCUGGUGUGGUUUGGAUUCAGCAUUUUUGUGGGGAAAAAGUAGCGUUACGUCCUGUAAUCCUCAGCUCCCAGCAUGGCAGCGACGUUAGUGCGCUCUAUUGUGAAGAAGAGGGUGCCUCUUCAGGUGGGACGAAUGUGUUACUCAUCCUCUGUGCCCACGACAAAGUUGUUCAUUGAUGGCAAGUUUGUUGAAUCCAAAAGCUCAGAAUGGCUGGACAUCCACAAUCCAGCUACCAACGAGGUAAUAGGCCGAGUACCCAAGGCCACCCAAGAGGAGAUGCUGGCUGCUGUGAACUCAUGCUCACGGGCCUAUCACUCCUGGUCUGAGACCUCCAUUCUGACCCGCCAGCAGAUCUUCCUCCGCUACCAGCAGCUAAUUAAAGACAACAUUAAAGAGCUUGCUAAGUUGAUCACACUCGAGCAAGGUAAAACAUUGGCUGAUGCAGAGGGUGACGUCUUCAGAGGACUGCAGGUGGUAGAACACACCUGCAGCAUCACAUCUCUCAUGCUGGGUGAGACCCUGCCCUCCAUCACCAAAGACAUGGACACCUUUACCUACAGACUGCCUAUCGGUGUCUGUGCUGGCAUCGCUCCCUUCAACUUUCCUGCUAUGAUCCCCUUGUGGAUGUUCCCCAUGGGAAUGGUUUGUGGAAACACCUACCUGAUGAAGCCCUCUGAGCGCGUGCCCGGCUGCACAAUGAUGCUGGCCAAGCUGCUGCAGGACGCUGGGGCUCCAGACGGCACCCUCAACAUCAUACAUGGGCAGCACAGCGCUGUGAACUUCAUUUGUGAUCAUCCAGCUAUAAAGGCCAUCAGCUUUGUGGGCUCCAACCAGGCUGGAGAGUACAUCUACGAGAGAGGCUCCAAGAACGGCAAAAGAGUGCAGUCUAACAUGGGUGCGAAAAACCAUGGCGUGGUGAUGCCAGAUGCGAACAAGGAGAACACACUGAACCAGCUGGUGGGCGCUGCGUUCGGUGCAGCUGGCCAGCGUUGCAUGGCUCUCUCCACAGCCAUCCUCGUUGGAGAGGCCCGAGAAUGGCUGCCUGAACUGGUAGAGCGAGCCAAACACUUGCGUGUCAAUGCAGGUGACCAGCCAGGGGCAGAUGUUGGGCCCCUCAUCACUCCUCAGGCCAAGAAUCGUGUGAACCAGCUCAUCCAGAGUGGAGUGGAUGAAGGCGCCAAAUUGUUGCUGGAUGGCAGGAGUGUAAAAGUCAAGGGUUAUGAAAACGGCAACUUCGUGGGACCCACUGUCCUCGCUAAUGUCACGACCGAUAUGCAGUGCUACAAGGAAGAGAUCUUCGGACCUGUCCUUGUGGUUCUAGAAGCAGACACAUUGGAUGAUGCCAUAAAAAUCAUUAACAAGAACCCAUAUGGCAAUGGAACAGCCAUUUUCACCACCAAUGGAGCUGUAGCCCGUAAAUACACUCAUGAAGUGGAUGUUGGCCAGAUUGGAGUGAAUGUACCAAUCCCCGUCCCCCUGCCCAUGUUCUCCUUCACUGGCUCCAGAGCCUCCUUCAGAGGCGAUACCAACUUCUAUGGCAAGCAAGGUGUACAGUUCUACACACAGAUCAAGACGGUCACUUCACAGUGGAAGGCAGAGGACGCUACGUUGAAAUCUCCAGCUGUGACCAUGCCAACCAUGGGACGUUAAGUCUGAAACAUUUAUACAAAACCGUGAACUCCUCCAAAACCCCCUCGAAUGUUCUAGCUACUGUACAGAUGAUUUUUUUGGGGAUUUUUUUCUUACAGAUAAAGCUGACAUUUUCCACAGCUAAACAGGCCUUAAUGUUUAGUUAGACAGUAAGUUCAUUGUAAAUUGUUCAUUAAAAGAAAAAAAAAAACUUGUAAAUGUAGCCUUACUGUUCUACUAGACUAUUUUGGCUUUGUGACACACUCUUGUACUACAGACUCUAAUUUUCCUUCCCAACAUGCAGCACUUUUUUUCCUUUUUGCUUUUGUUUUUAACAUAAUGUCAACCACUAUUAACAGUAUACCUCCUGUCUUCUGAUAUGCUAAGAUUUUGUACGUUUUCAAACUGUGUACAUCCAGUUUACCAUAUCCAGUAUCAUUCAAACUGUAGCUAGUUAGCUAUAGCUAAAUAAAGCAUUAAUUACAUUGUCAAGUGGUUCAUACAAAUCCAUGUAUGGUUGUAUGUUUCUGUGAAUAUAGUGUCAGCAAAAAGCAAAAGUGCACUAUGCAAGUGACCAGUCCUAUAGCUGCUAUAGUGUAGCAGUUGUAAGCACAAAAAAUAUGUAAAAAAAAAUAUUCCCCCAAUAAAUGAUGAUUUGAUUUGAA